CUCAAGCCCAUCGCCCUCAUGAUCAUCCUGGGAGACGCCAUCCACAACUUUGCUGACGGCCUGGCUAUCGGUGCAGCUUUCACGUCCAGCAACUCUGCAGGCGUCGCCACUUCUAUAGCUGUGUUCUGUCACGAGUUACCCCAUGAACUCGGUAGGUCUCGCCCACACAAAAAUCUAUACCCUAUGUUGCUGUUAUGUUCAAUUACAUGUAUUAUACACAAUUCACUUGUAGUGUCUUUUGUCUUUUAGUCAUUGCGAUUCUUUGACAUAUUCAGAUCUAAUUGAUAUAAAAAUCUCUAUAACAUCCUUGUAAAUUUUUAAAAUAUUUAUAAUCUCAAUACGGAAUAAGCUAAGUUUCUAGGUUCCGAGGUAGGGGGCAGACUGUUAUAAGUUAUUCCCAAAGGCGACACUUCUAUCAGUGUUGUCCUGUUUAUCCAUCACUCCACUGGAAUCUCCGUGCACUUAAUCCACGUCACUUGAAUGAUCUCUCCAGGUGACUUCGCCGUCCUGCUUCAGUCCGGUCUCAGCUUCAAGAAAGCUCUGCUCCUCAACCUGCUGUCAGCGCUAACCGCAUUCAUCGGCCUCUACGUCGGUCUGGUGGUGUCCACGAGCGACGAGGUCAGGAACUGGAUCUUCGCUGUCACCGCUGGGAUGUUCAUGUACAUAGCUCUCGUGGACUUGGUGAGUGAG